AUGCAACGACUUGUGAAAGCCAUUGACGCUCUAAUGGGAGUAGAGCCUCCCAACUGGCCGUCGAAUGUUAAGCGCACACCAUUCCCGGUUAUCGUUGCCGGGAGUACUGGCCGGUGGGAGUUUUUGAAUGAAGAACAUCGCCCAACUGCAUUUCCGGACAGAUCAGGUAGACAAGCUGGCCGCAUGAGCGGCCGAAUCCGCGCUCUUCUUGCGAGAAUUCUGCCCAUGGAGGAUGUCUUAUCAGGCAUCCCCGACAACAUUUCCACUGACUCUCGCCUUGAUCCUCCAGCCUGCAUAGAUAGUUAA